AGUUUUCAGACAAAUCUAAAAAAUCCACUUCGGAAGGAAAAAAUAAAUGAUUUCAUCAUCAUAUCUUCCAAAAAAUCAGUGGCCAACCAAAAACCAUGGAGCAAUCAGAUUAUUCAUACAGCUCACUCCCUAACGAUGUGGCUCUCAAAAUUGCUUCUUCCCUUGAGGUGCCGGAUCUUUCCUCGUUGGGCUCUUGCUCUCGGUUUUGGCGAGAGUUAUGUGGGUCGGAUUGUUUAUGGGAGUCACUUGUCAAAGAAAGAUGGCCUUUUUUAUAUGCAGCUGUCUUGAAAGACCCCAUCAAGAGCUGGAGGGGAUUUUACAUAAAGCGGCACGAGGAGAAGAGGGGUCAGGCUGUAUCUGUUAUUAAAUUUGUGGAACGAUGUUCCGAAUCUGAGUCACUCGAGGUUAAUGACUAUCUGAAAGCAAUCGUAUGCCUCGAAACAAUGCAGUUUGGAUUUAAAGAUGUUCAAAUGUUACUGUUCAAACCAAAGCUGAAUGUUUUGCUUAACCUGGUUGGACUACACUACUGCCUUAACUUUCUUCAAGUGCCGGCUUCGCAUGUCGUGGAAUCACUUCAGAGUAGCAAGAUUUCUGAUCGUCAGGUUUGUGUCAAAUGGUGGAAGCUUGGCAGAUGGUUCUAUGGCUUCCGCAUGCGAGAUGAAUCUCAUUCUCGUUGCGUCUCCCUGGAAGAUCUUUUGACAGCAAAAGACCAGGAGGUGCUGGGGGUACUCGACCGAGGAGCCAUUCAUGACGUUUUACGAGUUCAGAUAUCCUUUCCUAAUUAAACAAACAAUCUCUGGUCUAGUCAAAGCCCACACUGACUGGGUUAGAUAAUUGGACAACGAUGAGCAGUUGUUAAUAGUGUUCAUGUCAUCAUUGUAUAAUUUAUAGUAGGUAUGUAAGUUGAUGUGUGUGUGUAGAUCUACUGCAUGCUACUAGUAUUUAAUAUAUUUGUUGUGUGAUCUUUGUUAGUUGUACCAAUGGGGAAUUCAGUAGCAUAAACUGAAUAAAAAACUUGAGAUUCUGAUCUGUUUCUUCCAUGGUUUCAUCCUUCCAAAAUUUGUUCUCAAGGAAACAUAGGAUCAAAUGAUUUGAGUUAAUUUAAAUAUUUAAUUGUCUCAAU